AAAAAUCGGGGACGGGAUGGGAGAACUCAAUACGACAUAAUCUAUCACUUAAUAAGGCAUUCCAAAGACUGCCCAGAACAGAGGGACAACUAGGAAAGGGAUGCUACUGGACUAUCCUCCCCGAGCACGAAAUGAUUAUUGAUAAUAGCUGGUUCAAAGGACAAAACCGAUCAACUAAAAAAGUAAGAUCAUCCAAAGAGUCGAUAACACCAUUGAUAACCGAAAAAACUUCAUUGUCACAAAUAACUCCUGUCGAGAUAGUCGACAUCACAGGAGAUGAUGAUAAUAAUUAUUAUUAUAAUGGUGGUGGUAUUCAUGUUGAAAGAAAACCACCAGAAAUUAUUGAAAUCGAGGACGAUAGUCAUGCAAGUCAAGUUAAAGCUCGUUAA